AUUCGCACAGCAAACAUGUUUCGCAUCACGUCCACCUUUAAAAAAUUCAGCGAUGUUUUCAUGACCGCUCAACGUUAUAAAUCCAACAAGAAAGAUUCUUGCGGAAAGAAAGAGGAUCCCUGCAAGAAGAAAGAGGAUCCUUGCAAGAAGAAGGAGGAUCCUUGCAAGAAGAAAGAGGAUCCUUGCAAGAAGAAGGAGGAUCCUUGCAAGAAGAAAGAGGAUCCCUGCAAAAAGAAGGAGGAUCCCUGCAAGAAGAAGGAGGAUUCCUGCAAAAAGAAGGAGGAUCCAUGCGGAAAAAAAAAACAGCCCACGGGUCCCAAAUGCAAGGGCAAGGGCGGAGCUGGAGGAUCGGGAGAGUGCAAGAAAGGCAAGAAGUAAAAUUGGAAAAAUUCAAAAAAUCUAAAAAAAAAAAACAACUGAGAAAUGAAACAAAUUUAUCUCAGUGGGCCAAUCGAAACAUAUACUUCCAUUACAUUUCCGAAAUCAAAAUUUUCAGUAUCCCAAACACUAGAACUCGAUUCUCCUCGAACUGGUUUUUUUCUGGCGCUCUACCUGUGAAUAUAACACUAUGUUCCUGCUGGUAUCCAACAAUACUCUGCUGAUCCUCAGGCAUCGCGUGUCCAAUGGGAAUGGAAUUGGUCUCUUCAGCACUCUCUGGGAAAAGUGCAAGGGGUUCCAGAAGGAUGAAAAUACCGAGGUGUUUGAAGAAAAGGAACCUAAACGAUAGAAGCAGAGGGACCGAUUCCCCCUGCCGAAUAAUGGACUACCAUAUUGUUGCCGGGGGCCAAUUUUACAGCAAGAUCAUAAAACGGAACGCGCGCAGACAUUAUAAAGCCAUAAAGCAACAACUAAGAUCAGAGCAAAAAUAGCCCAAAAACGGCAGGGAGGAGGCACUACAUAGACAAGUGAUAAAAAAGAAUUUCCAUGGGCAGUUUACGAUGUAUGUAUGUCUCUAACUCUCCGCCGACCUACCAUAUGAGAGACCCAGAGGCCGUACCCAAGUCGUAGCGGAGAAUCAUCAAAAUUUAAAGUGAACAAUAUUGAGAAAUACAGAACCUAAUUUGGGGAAAAUAUUA